UACUUCUUAAAAGUAAAGUUUCCUCUUUAGACGCAAACUUACAGCGAAGUUGUUGCUUUUUUUCCUUCAACUAGGUACAUUUUUUUCUCAAACGCUAAGUUUCAUCGGCUUAGGGUAGAUGAAUAACCGGUGGCAGACUAGAGACUUCAUGUGAGUACAAACAGAGGCAAAGCUUAUAUUUAAGAUAGUAUAAGCUUUAAUUAACGCUUAAGUUUCUUUUUGUUAGACAAGGCGAUAAUUUCUUACCAAUUUAAACAAAGUUAAAUAUGACGUCUGAAAUCAAGACAAGAUGGGAGACUGUGCAGUCGAUUAUCUAAGGAAAUAUGGUAUAAAAUACCAUGUCAAAACCAAAGACAAGAAAACACGCACCAUGAGAUUUGGCGUCUGUUUACUUCUCUUCAGUAAUAAAGAGAUGUAUUUAGCCGAUUUCCAGGGUCUCUUGUCCGAAAUUGUAUACAACUGAACCGAGCAUUAGGCCUUCCCACUUCGAAAAUCCCGAUACUUAGGCAAACUCAAAGUGGGAGGAGUGUGUUAACCGCGCUCCCCUGGAUGCAGGAAGUGAAAAGAGGUAACAGAGAGAGUGAAACCGCACAGCAAAUUUGUGACCAAGCAGGAUAGCAGUUUCAAGUGAAGCUUGAAGUGGGAGCACUUCACAGCUACAUCAGCACCUCCAACUGGGCAAACUUUCGGCCCCUUUGGAUUGCGUGACCGUGACGACUAAGAAAAGGCCUGCGAACGAAAGUAAACAUGGCCGCCACGGCGAUGUUUCAGCGUAGAAAUAUUGACUUGUUUAAAACCAUUAUAUUACGUCUUCCUAGAAGCCGAUUUUGCUCGGCAGAUAGUAGUGAUGAGGAGCAGCCAAACGAAAACAUUUCUGAUGAUCCAGAAACUGUGCUUCAGGGGAAAAAGCUCGACUUAGUUGUGCCAAGCUUACGAGUGGACCGUGUGUUAGCCAGUGCCCUAGGCAUAGGAAGAAGCAAAGUGAAAGACUAUGUUCUUUCCAGAAAUGUAUACCUCAAUAAACAGAUUACAAGCAAAGCAGCAUCAGAAGUGAAUGAGGGAGAUGAAAUUGACCUCACAAGAUCGAAAGAGGAUGACAAGCUUCAUUGUUGCAAUUCCAUGCAAAAUAAGGAUUUAAACAUUAAGAGAGAUGUUUGUGGAUGCAUUGCACGGUAAGCUGAUGUUAAAAGUUUCUUCAGGACAGUUCAUUGUUCAUAGAGAGAAGUGAAUUGUUAAACUGAUAGCCUGGUCCCUUUGAGUGUGGAGGCAUGGUGGCCUCUUGGUCAGUGCAUUUGUUUCCGGAUUGAUCGGUUUGGGUUUGAGCCCUGGCUAGGGACAUUGCGAUGUGUUCUUAGCUAGGCAAUACACUUAAUUGAUCAAUUAAUCAAUCAAUCAAUAAACUUUAUUUAAGUGUCUAAAACUUCUAGUCAGCCCGAAGGCCCACUAAUAAUUUUGGGGACACUCCCAAUAAAAUUACUCUUUACUCUCACAGUGCCUCUCUCCACCCAGGUGUUUCAAUGGGUACCAGCGAAUUUAAUGCUGGCAGGUA